ACUUCUCAUCUUUACAAUUAUACUAAGGCAAAAUAUGCUUAUCGCGAUAAGGUCUUAUGCUUCACGAUAAUCGCUGACUGGGGGACAAGGGUCGAAUCGUGGUUGGCACACGAAGUGCUUCCGGAGAAGCAAAUGGUUUUAAGGACAAGUUAUUACACUUAUAUUUCAGUUCUUGUACGAACGGCACUGACGGAAAAUAAUGCGUUGAAAUCUUCGAGAGUGACCACCCUUGAUUCUGAUAGUAAUACGUAUUGUAAAGAGUAUAUCUUUACUUAUGAAAGCUCAAGCGGUUCUCGGCCCUGUUAUCGCAUUUCAUGUACAGUUGCAGAUAUGAAUGCCCUAAACAUCACAACAACAGAAGAAGAACCCAAACAGGAAGACGAAGAAGACGAAGAGGACGAGGAAGAAGAAUUCGUCAAGUAUGGGGCGGUGGAUGAGUUUUAUGAAUUGGAGAAAGAAAUCGGCAAAGGCGCUUAUGGAACAGUUAAGAGAUGUACUCACAAAACCAAAAAAAAAAACUAUGCAGCUAAAAUAAUCAAGACAGCGAAUAACACCGUCAGGAAGACCGUGUUACGAGAAAUUGAAGUCAUGCGAGCCCUCGGAACACAUAACAAACUUGUUGAACUUGUAGAUGCCUACCAGACUCCAUUUGAAAUCGUGAUGGUGCUGGAGCUCGUGGAGGGAGGUGAAUUGUUUGAACGAAUCGUUGCUGAGGAGUAUCUGAUGGAGGAUGAUGCAGUGGAUUACGUCAAGCAAAUCCUCGAAGCUCUACAGUUCAUGCAUGAAAGACAUGUCGUUCAUCUGGAUCUAAAGCCAGAGAAUAUUCUGUGUAUUAGUAUGAAUUCAAAUGACAUUAAGCUGGUUGACUUCGGACUCGCCAGGAGUCUGGAUUCCGAAGAAGAAGUUAAAUCCUCGUUUGGUACUCCGGACUUUGUAGCUCCAGAGGUAAUACGGAUGAAGCCAGUGUCGACUGCUAGUGAUUUGUGGAGUCUGGGUGUUGUGACGUAUGUCUUACUAAGUGGCUUGAUGCCAUUUUCUGGAGACGACGACCAUCAGACCCUGGUAAAGGUGGCAAAGGCUGACUGGGAUUUUGAUGAUGAAUGUUUCGAUGACUUGUCCCACGAUGCAAUGGAAUUUAUUGAGGGUCUCCUUGUUAAGGAACCAAGUGAGAGGUUAACAAUAGAGGAAUGUUUUCAGCACUCGUGGAUAAAGGACACCCACGAUACAGGAACAAAGAUAAACACACAAAACCACAAGGCGUUUAUGGCGCAAAGAAGAUGGAAGAAAUCCGUCAAUGCACUUUUGGCUGUUCGUCGCAUAUCCCUAUCUCCUUUGUUCGGCUCCAAAAGAAGACGCUCAAUGGAUCCCAGCAUAUUAGCUGCGGCUUCCGAGAGCGAGGAAGAUCAGCAUAAUGAUGUGGACAGAAAAGUUUCCGCGCCAGUUGAUCCGUCAGAACUUAGUCUCCCAAACCGUCGCGUUGGGGAGACACGCAGCUCUUGUUUUGGUCUGGAUAUGGCCACCAUAAAAGCUUUGCAGGAAAAAGCUGAUAAGUCUACUGAGAAGGGAACGCAAUCUGACGAGAAAGAAAAUGACAAUGACAAUGAAACUGUUGAAACUGAUAGCGAUUUAAACGAAAGCGUAGAACUGAGUGCGACUUGUUAUGAAGAACAGGAGAGCGAAGGAAGCGCAGUUGAAAGAGACAACGGUGUUGACCAGGAGAGGUAUACAUCGCCAAGACGUAGAGCAAACACGUUCUGUGGAUCCACCUUUAAGGAGACGCGUGCAGCAACUUCUCGUGAGAGAAAAAUCUCGCAAAUAUCGAUUAACGUUGGGAAUUCGUCUCAAAAUGACUUCAAGCCGGUUUCUUUUACUUUUAAUGCAGAGGACAUAAAAAGAAUUGAAAGGCGUAUUUUAGAAUCCGCUACUAUUUCAAACGCGCGGCCGAAAUUACAGGCGUUUCAGCAAGAUUCAACCACGAUUAAUGGAGAUGUAGAAGCCGAGAAUUCAAUGGAUGUGUCGGUUUUAGCAACGCCUGGAAGUCAAUUCGACAAAAUUAGUCCAAAACCACAGACUUUAACUUUGCAAUUGGAUAAAUCAAUUCUUACCGAAGGGUUUACUGAACCGCCCGAGAUUAAAGCUGACGAACUACCGACGAUUUGUGUCAACGACGAACUCUACCUUUCGAGUCCUCCCCCAAUUAAAAUGGCUUUAAACAACAAUAUCGAAAAGGAGGACCGAGAGAGGCGAGCCUCAACACCUCCUCCUUCUCUUAAAACUACUUCAACCAUAAACAUUGGAAAUGUAAAUAAAAUUCCGGAUAGUGUCCAGGCCAUCACGGUCCAGCUCGGAAAUUUGAAUGGGUUGCAACUGAACUCGAAAGAGGUCACGUGUAGUGUUCGACGAGCGUCGACUGGGUCAGCUCCUUGCUAAUGUGGAAAAUGCACAAUGUGAUGUGAAUUAAUUAACGAUAGUCAUAACUAUCGCAGAAUUAAUAACAAACUUGUAUAAAUUAUCAUGACGGUCUAGACCUUCAGGCUUCGUCCAUAAGACGACGGGUAACUAUGAAAAUGCAACUUAUUUCCACGAUAAGGUCCCGUGGGUGGGGGGAGGGGGUUACACUCCGUUAUUUGCCUUAAACUGGUAGGUAAAGUCUCCCGGGGGGGGAGGACUCAGUCUUACUAUCUUCAAUUAUCCGGAUAAACUGUCCAAUCAGAAACGGAUCCCUGCAAAGAUGUUUACGUCACUACUCUUUCUUUCCCUUUUUUUUUAAGCGGGAUGAUAUUUGAACCAUAUAAUGCGUAUCUUUUCUGGCGCCGGUGACCUUUUUAGUGGGGAAGGAAUAUAAAUAAUCUCUGUUCCUGAGUAGACGGAAAUUGUUUUUCGUUUUCAGAGUGAAAACUCCGUUCAAACACUCUCCGGUGUGUGCAUUUAGGGGAUCGUUAAUCAAACGCGGAAAUUCAAACUGGGACAGAGAAUUCUUAAAUGAGAAAAUCCGUCAGGGUAAACUGACCCUUUCCUGGAAAAGUGAGAAUAAUAAAGUAGAAGAACGAGAAAGCGUUUCAGCAGGUUUUU